GACAGGCGGGUGACGUCGUCACUGCCGCGGCGACGAGGAGCCACAAUUGUACCGUAGCAGCGAUCGUUCGUGCCGAAGGCACUAACCGUGCUACGCCUACGUUUAUUUCCCUGUGCGGGGCGGUUGCUCCGAGGAGGAGAGGGAGGAGGACGAAGAAGCAGAGGGAUGCGAGCGCGGGAAAAAGAAAGCAAGCAGAAAAGAACCGGUGCACGGUCGGCGAAUUAUGGCUUCAGCAUCUCCCACCCGUGUUUUUUGGAGAGAAGUGGUGGGAUGCGGGCACCAACAGCCUUGAAGGAGGUGCUAUGUCAACGCACAGGCGACGACGGUGGCGGCGGCGGUGACGACUCGUGCGGGUUGAGGUUGACCCCGUUGACGGUAUACUUUACCAGCCCCUACCUGGCCGACCAAAGCGACAACUCUAUUGAUCCCGGGACGUAG